CUAGACAGAAGCUCCAGAAUUAAAGAGGAACAAAAGAAUUGUAUAUCUUAAUAAUUACGAGUCCUCAAACAAGUAAGCCUCGCUUAUUUGGACAGCAAUGAGUCGAGUAGAUGAACUUUAUUUUAAAUCUCGCGAAAUGGAAUUGCAGGAGGAUUACUACUCGUAUGAAUUCGACUCGGAAGAACUGCCUGCCUACCAAGAUGGUAAUGAACUUAUUGCUGCAAUUAGACAAAACGAAGAAGAACUUAUUCUUGCUGCUCAGCUUGGAAACGCUCUUCUUUUGGAAAAUCGCCAGCUGAAAGAAGAGAGAAGUAAACUCCACGAGCAGUACGCUGACAAGAUUGAGGUUCUUGAGCAGGACAGACACAUUCUCCAGCUGAAGCUGCAGGGUUGUCAGGUGCAGUGGGAGAGCCAGGAGGGUGAGCUGGAGCGGGACGUGCGGGAGCUGAGCACCCAGGUGAAGGUCCUGACGAAGGCCCUGACCGAGGCAGAGCGGGAGAAGAACCGCAGUGAACGACAGCAUAGCAAGCUGAGUCAGCACCUCCGGCAACAGUUGAACACGGCUAUGGAGGUGGAGCGAGCACUCACUGCAGAUCUCCAGCACCUACAGCAGGAGCUGAGGGACAGGGGUCAUUCCAGACCACAGGAUGAGGAGCUGCUCAGUGCACUUAAAGAUCAGGUUGCACGACUAACGCAACGAGAGCGAGAUCUGGCACAGCGCUUGGCAGCAGUGUGUGAAGAGAAUGCAGCUCUGAGAGACAGUGUGUCUUUGCUACACACACGCUUCUCCCUGCAGGAGCAGCAAUGUCAUACACAGACCCAGCAGCUAGUGGAGUCACAGGGUGAGGUGGCAGUGGCAAGGAGCAAGGUCAAGGACCUCCAAUUCCAGAUGGAGGAACUGCAGGAGAUGACAUUGCUCCAGCGUAGUGGGCACGGAGACACUUCUUUGCUCUCUGAGAUGCAGCGCAGCUUGGACAUUAUGGGCUGGAGUCAGGACAAAGAGCAGGUUAGACAGGAAGUGAGCUCCAUCCUGGACAUGCUGCUUCCUGUUUCCCAUGGCGCAGAUGCUCCCCAAAACCAAGAAAACAGCCUGCAAGUCAUGCUGGGACAUCUGAGGAAUGUAGCAGAAAGGAUAAUGUACAAUCAGACAAUAAAGGACCUAAAGCAGCCCACUGUGGGGGGAGGGAGUGGGCCCCAUGACAACAUGGCACAGAUGCAGGAGCUGUGGGAUCAGAAUACACGGCUCAUAGAAGAGAACACUGAACUGCGUCUAAAAGCCAAUAGCACACUGGAUGAAGAGAUUGUCCAACGUGCUAUCAAGGACAGAGAUGAUGCCAUUGCAAAAAAAACAGCGGUAGAGGCAGAGCUGGUGCAGACCAAAAAUGACAUGAUGUGUCUGAACAACCAGCUGCUGGAGGCUGUCCAGCGUAAGCUGCAGCUCUCACAGGAACUGGAGGCCUGGCAGGACGACAUCCAGAUCAUCAUCAACCAGCAGCUGCGGAGCCAGCACCAGACAGACCAGCAGCCUCAGUCUGAGAGGAAGCGCUCCGGACACCUCUCUUUCCUUCACAAGACUUGGAAGGCCUCACCCACCUGCACACCCAACCCCUGCCCUGUUCCCAUCCAGUCACCCUGGAGAGACUGGCUCAAAAUGGGCAAAUAACUCCAGACCUGGAGAGACUGGCUCAAACUGGGCAAAUAAUUCCAGCCCUAGGCCUGCCCAGCUGAGAGGGUAGGUGAAGUAGAUACUCUUGUAAGCAGUCGCUGGCCUGGACUAACUGGACAUAUAAAGUGUGUUAAGACCACAUUUUCAAUAUAACGUCAGAUACUGAAUGACAAUAAGAGUGAAAAUGUGAGCUGGAGUUCUGCUGGACCAACCUUAAAUGGAUCUUGCACUGCUAUUGAACUGUCCAGACAUAGGUGUGGUAUGGCUGUGAACACCAUUAGGCAGUGAUUUAGUAUCAUGAUAAAAAAAAAUGGUUAUACUAACUAUGAUAACAAAUUGUGAGAGAACUUCAUAUAAGUAGUAUAAGUAGCAAAGAAAUCAAGAGUGUUCAGAAACAAUGUUUGUUUGUAGGGCAUAUGAGUGUUUGAGCUGGAAGUACCAAAGACUGAUAGGUACAUGGUUUAGGGUUAGGGUAAGGCAGCCCAUCCUCCUCUGUUUAAUACUAGAUUGUGGAAGAAUUGUUCUUGAAAUAGACAAGUUGUUAGUUAAAUGUGUAAAGGUAGAUUAUAAUAUCCAGAAAUAUAAUAGGAGUAAUAUAGUAAUGACUUUUUUUAACAAGGACAAAUAGUGUCCCUGAUGAUGGGCACCAAAAGUUGCUUGAGUUCUAGGGUUGGACUUGGGGUUAGGCCUAUGUGAGUUCUAGGGUUAGAGUUAGGGCCAGCCUGAGUUCUAGGGUUAGUUAGGGCCAGCCCAAGUUCUUCAGGCAUCACUUGUGUGUCCAGAAAUAUUUUAGUGAUGUGUCCCAGUGGGGCACUGAAUUUGACUUUGUAAAUAAUCAGGUUUGUUGUCUAUUACAUUAUUUAGUCAAAUUUAAUUAGUUUUCCACAUUAACCAUAUGAUAGAUGUUUUUCAUCAAAUAGUGAGUGCUAUUCAACUGUCAAUUCUACAGUUUCUCAAAUUUUGUUGUUCUUGGGCCAAAUAGCUCUAUUGUUCAGUCAUACAAAAUGAUCAUCUAAAGGUGAAAUAAUACUACUACUGGAUAGAAGUAUUGGGGUUAACCCUAUCCCUAUUGCUGGGUAUCUUUUGAGAUGUGUGCAUUCCAGUACAUGUACAAUUACUUCUAAAUUGUUCUGACUCAUAAACCAUUCCAAAUUGGAAACUUUACCACCCCCCAAAAAAAUUUUUUAAAUAAUUUGUUUAUUGUAGAAUGACAAAUUUUGGUAAAAUGCUUUGGAGUACUGUAUCAGCAGCAAUGCAUUGUACAGAUAAAUGCAAAGAGGAUAACAUGUGGACUUGAGUAUUUUAUGCAUGUGAACAUGAUUUUUUUUUUUUUUAAACAGAACAGUAGCUGAUCCAGCUCUGGACUUGAUACAAGCAUCAACCUGAUCAUUAACAUCAGAGGCUUUAAUAGCAAAAAUUGACAGCUCCUGUGUAAAGAUUAAAAGACCUUAGAUUGCUUUUUCAUGA